GAUCGGUAGGGUACGGAAAGGAAAUUCCUAGAAGCUUUUCUUCUUCAGCUAUAUUACUUCGGCUCUGCUCAUCAGGACCAAAAUUUUUGGUAUAACUAUUUGAACUUGCAAGACAUGGAUAACAUACAAGAUAUCACACAAGGGAUACACGAAUUGAAAUUUGAAGCGAUGGCACACUCUUUUCCUGAGGAAAUCAUACAAGAGAUCUUACUUAGGCUAUCCGUUAAAUGUCUGAUCAAAUGCACUUCAGUCUGCAAGGCAUGGAGGUCCAUGAUCAUAAACCAAAGCUUUAUUCACGCACACCUCAACCCAACAGUGGACUUUGCUAUCCAGAAUGACAUUGACCUACUCCUACUCCACAGAAUUUCUGGUGGCUGUAGCCUCACCUACUACCACAACAAGUUCUUUCACGAGGUGAUUCACGAAGUGAAAGACGAGGUUCACUCUGUGCAUCAUGAUAACCAGGCGUUUGAUGUGUAUUCCAAGAUCGAAUUUCCAAUUGUCGCAAAGAAAAACUACGGCAAUUCACAUCUUCGUGUGGUUGGCACGUGUGAUGGGCUAAUUUGCCUUUCGGAUGAUGUCCCCUCUUAUGCUUACAACUUCAUUAUAUGGAACCCAGCCAUUAAAAAGUCAGUGACCCUUCCCAAGCCUGGUAUUACCUAUCAGACGCAUGGUGGGCACAAUGCUUCUAUUGGGUUCGGUUUUGAUGCUACAACCAAUGACUAUAAGGUUGUGCGAGUUGUGACUUUAUUGGACGAAGAUGAUGAGACGCCAACUGUAGCUGAGGUUUAUUCCCUAGCCACCGGCACAUGGAGGAGUCUUGGUUGUGUUUCUCCUGCAUGUCUAAUAGAUAAAGCUGCAUCCAGUGCUUUUGUUAAUGGGGUUCUUCAUUGGCCUGUAGCCCGUCAGACAUAUGUUGGUUCUUACUAUAUUAUAUUGACAUUUGACCUGGGCAAGGAGGUGUUCAGUCAGAUACCUAUGCCGAAGAUUAUUCUAUGGAAUUUCAAGUUGGGAUUGCAAUUGUCUGUUUCAGAUAACAGAAAAUCUAUUGCUUUGUUCAUGAGGCCCGACGAUCGUGAAGAUUUCUAUAUGGAUUAUGGGCGUGAAUAUCCUGUUCUUGAUAUAUGGGUGAUGAAAGAGUAUGGCAGAGAGGAAUCAUGGACCAAAUUGAUUACUCUCAGUCUCAAUCCACAACCACAAGGUCCAGAAACAAUUUUCCUCAGCACCUUAUGUUUUAGGAAGACUGGGGAAGUACUGUUAGUGCUCAGAGAAAAAGAGAGGCGGGAACUAGUAUCACUAGACCUUGUGAGCAAACAGUUUAAACUUCUUGGGAUUUCUGGAUUUAAAUAUUGUACUGUUGAUUUUUAUAAAGAGAGCCUCCUCUUACUCGACAAGAGCGAUGCAGAGUCUUACUAAGAGAAAGAACAGGUAAUGUGAUUAUAGUGCUGAGAGCAGAACAUUUCAAUUCUUUGUUUGCCAGGUUUUUAUGUUCAUUAAAAGCAUGAUUGGUGACUAAAUUGCUGUGGGAUAUUUCUUAUGUCAGACUUCUUGUGGGUUCUUUCUUUUAGCUGAUUGUCUUUCUCGCUUCUGUCGCUAGAACACAACUUGUGACUAAAUCAACACAGCUCUCAUCUCAUGGAGACUCAAUUUGGAUAUCAAAAAGUUAAAAACAGUGUAAUUAUAAUAAUAUCAACUCAGCUCUCAUGUAAACACGAUUAGACUGGUCUUUUAUGUGCUCGUAGUCUUAGUCAACUUGGUAUGACUUUAGACAUUGGACUGAUUGCUGCUACUGUAUUGAAGUCUGUGUAUUCAAUUUACAUGGUUUUGUUUGCUGCUUUAA